AUGGCCAGACUUACCCCCCCGACACACCCGCCCCCCUCGACGGGGUACGCGACCUGCAGCAGACGCGCAAGUGGCGCCCGACGACACAGUCGACCUGUAGCCCAGCCUUCACUUGGCUCUCCGCUCUCACCUCACACACCCAAACACUCCCAACCUGGAACUCAAGCCGCUCGGACACGUCGGCUGGGCUCGACUACGCAUGUGCCCGCCUCGGGCGCCGGAGCCAAGAUUAGCCGGCCUCAGAUCAUACUAACAGCGGGCCUACCAACUGGGCCGUUCAUUAAAAGACUCUCUUAG